AUUCUUGAAAGUAGCGCCUCUCGCGAUCGAACUUUGUACCACGUGUCAUUCCAGCUAAUUCCAGUGGCUAGUGGACUUCAGACGUUUCGGAAUUAUUGUACAACAAGGUCGAUCCGAGUUCUCCUCACCUUUAUAUUAUCAUAAUGGAGAUCGAAGUUAUUGGAAAAAGUUCGAAAUCUCUUGGCACUGUCAGUGUCAAUCCUACAACUACGAUAGGAGAAAUAAAACAACAACUGUUCAAAAAGAAGAAAGCACCUUACGCAGGACGACAAAGUCUGAAACUGGAUUCUAAGGGCAAAUCCCUCUCAGAUUCGGAAACUGUCAAGAAUUUAGGACUCAAAGCUGGCUCCAAAUUAUAUCUUAAGGAUCUUGGACCUCAGAUAGGAUGGAAAACUGUCUUUCUCGUUGAAUAUGCCGGACCGAUGCUUGUUUAUCUUUGGCUUUACCAAAGACCAUGGGUUUUCUAUGGUACUGUUACAGAUUCAAUGGAACCAGUUGUCCAUUGGGCAGCGAUCUGUUGGACGAUACAUUAUGCGAAGCGACUUUUGGAGACCCUGUUCGUGCAUCGUUUCAGUCAUGCAACAAUGCCAUUGAGAAAUUUGUUCAAGAAUUGCUCAUAUUACUGGCUGUUUGCGAUGUACGUGGCUUAUCACAUUAAUCAUCCAGCUUAUACAGCACCUUGCCAAAUUUGUUCGUGCGUCGGUCUCGCAAUUUUUGCGAUAUGUGAAUUGGGAAAUCUCAGCAUUCAUUUAGCAUUGAGGAACCUCAGACCAGCGGGCACAACAGUGAGGAAAAUUCCUGUCCCCACCGGCAAUCCGCUCACUUCACUUUUCAAUAUCGUUUCGUGCCCCAAUUACACUUACGAGGUCGGCAGCUGGAUCGGUUUCACAAUCAUGACAAAGUGUCUUCCAGCCGGUCUCUUCAUGCUCGCAGGAGCAUAUCAAAUGACGAUGUGGGCAUUGGGAAAACAUCGAGCUUAUAAGAAAGAAUUUCCCAACUACCCAAAAAAUCGCAAAGCCAUUGUGCCGUUUGUUCUUUAAAUUUUUUGUACAAUGAGUAUUUAUAACAAUUAUAAUAUAACGGGGGUCACUUGCGCCUUCCUCAGUGAUGAAAAUAUCUUUUACGUACAACUCUUCAUUUACUUAAUUUAUAAACGAAUUUAUAAAUA